AUGACCGUCACAAACUCGUUUGAAGGGAUCCGCUUUGGUGUCGCCACCGCGUCGCUCGGCAUGGCGUCGUGCCACACGCUGGAGCUCAAGUUCUCGGCACUGCAAAAGGCCGGCUUCAAGUAUCUCGAGCUCGGGUUCGGCGAGUACAUGGCCUGGGUUCGCCUCCAGACGCCCGAUCUUCCGGCGUCCACCUGCCCGCCCGCAUGGUCCGAGGCCGAUGAGCCCGACCCGUCAGACGAUGCCAUCUGGGCGGCACUCUACGCCAAGGCCCCCGACAUGAUCACUUACGCCGCGUCCUUUGGCCUCACGAUCCUCAUGCUGCAGCCCCUCAACCAGUUUGACGGUUAUGCUCCGGGAACAGAGCGUGCCAAGUGGGUCAAGGCCAAGGCCGAGCGGUGGCUUCCGCUAUGCUCCAAGCUUGGCAUUGAGCAGCUUCAAGUGGGUUCCAACGACUUCCGUGACGCCACGGACGACCUCGACAUUGCAGCCGCCGAUCUGCGUUGGCUUGCUGAACUCGGUGCUCGCCAGCCUCGUCCUGUCAAGAUUGCCUACGAGUCGUGGUGCUUCUCAUGGCGUGUGCCCGACUUUGAGACGGUGUGGGACAUUGUUCAGCGCGGUGACCACCCCAACCUCGGCCUCUGCUUUGACACUGCCCACACACCUUUGGCCCCCAGCUAUGGAUGGGACCCCGUUACCGGCAACGGUUGGACAGACAAGGAAUUUGAAGGCGUUCUCGACCGGAUUCGCGCUAUUCCCGGCGACAAGAUCUUCUACGUGGAGCUCUCCGACGUCCUGGCUCCUACCACCCCGCUUGGUAAAGGUUCAGACUUUGAUGCCUGGCGCAUCAAUGCUAACUCGCCCCGUGGGGACAGCUUUGUGUGGGCAGUGUGCGGGCGUCCCAUUCCUCUUGUUGGGCGUCACGCUGGCCUCGCUGUUCGCGGCGAGGACGACAUGGGUGGCGCGCGUGUCGUCCAACAGGUCAAGGCGGUCCUCUCCACGGGGUUCAAGGGUCCGAUGAUGUUCGAAAUGUUCGAGGCCAUCAGGAUGGAGCAAGACGACCCCGAGAUCCCUGCUCAGUAUGCAGAGGCGUGUGCUCGUGCCGAACACCUUCUCCGCAAGGCAGUUGACGGAUAG